AUGGACGCUACACAGAAGACUUGCCUUGUGACGGGCUGCUCAGCUGGUGGAGUUGGUGCCGCCCUUGCAGAGGCUUUCAUGAACAAGGGCUAUCACGUCUUCGCGACUGCUCGGUCACCUUCCAAGAUUCCAGAAUCUCUGCAUAGUGCACCAAACGUUACGGUUCUUACGCUUGACGUGACGUCUGCCGAAUCCAUCGCUUCAGCCUUGGAAUCAGUCCGGGAACGUACGAAAGUUCUACAUGUGCUGAUCAACAACGCUGGCUUAGGACUCACGAGUCCGGGUCUAGAUCAGUCCAUAGACGAAGCCAAGAAGCUCUUCGAUCUUAACUUCUUUAGCGUACUGGCCAUGAUGCAGGCUUUCAGCACGAUGCUCGUCGAAGCCAACGGCUGUGUAGUGAACAACUCUUCUGUUGGAGGGACUAUACCCUUUGCAUUCUCUAGUAUCUACAACGCGACCAAAGCAGCUUUGAUCCAAGCGAGCGAAACCUGGCGUCUAGAGAUGGCCCCUCUGGGCGUGCGAGUUAUCACUCUCAUCACGGGAGGAAUUGCUACGAAUUUCUUCGCCAAUCUUCAGACACUAGCCUUCCCCGAAAACUCAUACUACCUGAGUAUCAAAGACAUAAUCGAGGGCCAGCCUGAGCAAAAUCCCUAUGGCGUGGAACCGCCGGUAUUUGCUCAGGAGGUCUUACAUUUGGUGGUCAAGGGAGCCACAGGAAAGCACUGGGUCGGCGGCGGUGUAAGACUUAUUCGCACAGCAUUGUGGCUCCUACCGCAAAGUUUUGUCGAUCAGAUCGUUCUAAACCUGAAGCCAUUCAGUCAACGUUUGGAAGAAGAGCACAAGAAACGCAUCUAA